AUGUUUCUUGGUGCUUUACUAUUAGCCUCUAAAUUCCUCAAAAACACAGCAUGGACAACCCACACACUAAGCAAUCGUCGCAUCUAUGAAAUUUGCGGUGGUCUAUUUUCCAUGGAAGAUGUCUAUCAGUUGGAAAGAGCUUUUCUCAAGUUGAUCCAGUACGAUUGUUGGGUCGAUGAUGGUACAUUGAACCAGUUUGUUGAACUGCAUCGUUCUGAUUUCUCAUUGUAA